UCACACUCAAAUGUGUGAGACAACACAGUAAAGUAUUCUCUCGUUAUUUUGGAGCACAUGUGUAAAACGUCCUCCCCCUUUGGUGUCGAACGGAACAGCUCACUUCUGUCCUGCCAACUUGGCACGAAAACACCUCCCACUUUAUUUUUCUUGCACUUGAGGGUGUGAACACUGGACAGGUUGGUCGGACACUAACUCACAACUGGAACGUGAACCGAGCAGCAGGUGCGACACUGUGACUGCAGACAUGAAUGAUUCUUUUGAAAAAGCAGUGAAGGAGGUCAAUGCGCUGACAGUCCGACCGGACAACGCAGAACUGACUGAACUGUACGGUCUUUACAAGCAAGUCACCGUUGGUGACGUUGACAUAGAAUGUCCAGGAGUAUUCGACUUCGCGGGAAGAGCAAAAUGGAAGGCAUGGAAUGCAAAGAAAGGUGUGUCCAAAGAAGACGCGGCGGCCGCUUACAUUGAUCUGGCGGAGAAACUGAAGGCGAAAUAUGAGAAGUAGUCUGUUUCUAAUCAAUACUUGGCUUUUUUUUUUUUUUUUUUUUUUUUUUUUUUACGAGCAAGAACAUUGGUUUCUCAACAGAGGACAAAAUUUAGACCAGGUUUUUCAUCCUGUUUGACUAUUUGGUACUUUAUUACUGUGUAGGUUUACAUUCCGGAGAACGCCGCUGUUUUGGGUGAUUUCUGAUGUUUAGAGGAACAUGUCACCACAACUGGAAAGACACUAAUUUACUUCAGCUAGCCUGCGAAAGGGCUAAACAGUCUUUCACUUUUUAUGCUAAGCAAAGCUAAUCACUAGCUGGCUUCAUACUUAGCAUGCAGACAUGAGGGUCAUCUCCUGUUAAAUACAGACAUAUAUAUAUACAGUAUCCAUUUCAGUGCAGAUUAUCUGUACACAAGAUCCAACUAUCAAAAAUAAACUCUUGUUCUUUAA